AUGUCUCUAGUAGCACUCCUCGCCCUCGUCAACCUCGAAAUUAUCGGCUGGAUGUGCUUCGUCAGCGGGGCCACGGCAUGGUAUGAGCAAUUCUGGGGGAGGGUGAUGAUGGUUUCGACGGGGCUUGUGGUGCUGGGGAUGAUGAUCGCUUUGGCGGAGUGGACUAGUGGGGUUGAGGAGGGGGUGAGGAAGGUUGAUGAGGAGAUGGGGAUGGAGGAGGGUGGGGGGAUGGGAGCGGGUUUGGAGAGUAGGAGGAAGGGAACGAAUGUGGACAGUGGGAGGAAGGAGGGAUGUUGUAGGGUUUGUGAGGAGUUGGAGAAGGCGGAUGGCCAGGCUAGGGAUGGGGGAGGGUGGUGGGAGGAAGGGGAGAUGGAUCAGGGUUUGUGGGGAGAUGGAGAGGGCGGAUGGCGAGGCUGA